UCUCGUUGAACACGAUGCGACGCAGGAAUGUGAAAGGCUCCCGCCCGCCGCCAUUUUCUUUCUUUCUUGGCAGGCAGAGAGCGCGGUAGGAAGCGGCGAAGCGGACAUGGCGGAUUACUCUACGGUACCCCCUCCUUCUUCGGGCGCGCCCGGGGGAGGCGGAGGAGGUGGCGGGGCAGUCAAUGAUGCUUUUAAAGACGCGCUGCAACGGGCUAGGCAGAUUGCAGCAAAAAUUGGAAAUGAAUCUGGAACAUCUGUGAAUUCAAAUGAUUACAGUUAUGGAGGACAAAAAAGACCUCUUGAAGAUGGAGAUGGCUCUUGGACAAGUCCGAGCAGUACAACACACUGGGAGGGAAUGCCCUCUCCUUUUAAAGAUCAACCAGAGCCUAAGAAAGUUGCUCCUCCAAAUAAUGAUUCCUUUGGAAAUCAGAUGCCACCCAUGCAUCAGCAACAGAGGUCUGUAAUGACAGAAGAAUACAAAGUUCCUGAUGGAAUGGUUGGAUUCAUAAUUGGCAGAGGAGGAGAACAGAUUUCUCGCAUACAGCAAGAAUCUGGAUGCAAAAUACAGAUUGCACCUGAUAGUGGUGGCAUGCCUGAAAGAUCUUGCAUGUUAACUGGAACCCCAGAGUCAGUACAGUCUGCAAAGAGAUUACUUGAUCAGAUAGUUGAAAAAGGAAGGCCUACGCCAGGAUUCCAUCAUGGGGAUGGUCCAGGAAAUGCAGUCCAGGAAAUUAUGAUUCCAGCCAGCAAAGCAGGAUUAGUUAUUGGAAAAGGUGGAGAGACAAUAAAGCAACUUCAGGAGAGAGCUGGUGUAAAAAUGGUAAUGAUUCAAGAUGGACCACAGAACACUGGAGCAGACAAACCUCUUAGAAUCACAGGAGAUCCUUACAAAGUUCAACAAGCCAAGGAAAUGGUUUUGGACCUAAUUCGUGAUCAAGGUGGUUUUAGAGAGGUGCGCAAUGAAUAUGGUUCAAGAAUAGGAGGAAAUGAAGGAUUAGAUGUACCAAUUCCAAGAUUUGCGGUUGGUAUUGUAAUUGGAAGAAAUGGAGAAAUGAUUAAAAAGAUACAGAAUGAUGCUGGUGUGAGGAUACAGUUCAAACCAGAUGAUGGAACAACUCCAGACAGAAUAGCCCAAAUCACAGGACCUCCAGACAGAUGCCAACAUGCAGCAGAAAUUAUUACGGAUCUUCUUCGAAGUGUUCAGGCUGGCAAUCCUGGUGGUCCAGGACCUGGUGGUCGUGGACGAGGUAGAGGUCAGGGCAAUUGGAAUAUGGGACCACCUGGUGGAUUGCAAGAAUUUAAUUUCAUUGUCCCGACUGGAAAAACUGGAUUAAUUAUUGGGAAAGGUGGUGAAACUAUCAAGAGCAUUAGCCAGCAAUCUGGUGCUAGAAUAGAACUGCAAAGAAACCCCCCACCAAAUGCAGAUCCAAAUAUGAAAUUGUUUACCAUCCGGGGGACACCACAGCAGAUUGACUAUGCUCGGCAGCUCAUAGAAGAAAAGAUUGGAGGUCCAGUAAAUCCUUUGGGACCACCUGUGCCACAUGGACCUCAUGGUGUUGUCCCUGGGCCACAUGGGCCCCCUGGGCCGCCUCCUGGGGCUCCAAUGGGACCUUACAAUCCAGCUCCCUAUACACCUGGCCCUCCUGGUCCUGCACCUCAUGGCCCUCCAGCACCAUAUGCUCCGCAAGGAUGGGGUAAUGCUUAUCCGCACUGGCAGCCACCGAAUCCUCCAGAUCCUGGUAAGCCAACAGACCCUAAUUCAGCAGCAUGGGCGGCUUAUUAUGCUCACUACUAUCAGCAGCAAGCACAGCCACCACCUGCAGCUCCGCCUAGUGCACCACCAGCCACUCAGACCAAUGGACAAGGAGAUCAGCCAAAUCCAGCACCAGCAGGGCAGGUAGAUUACACCAAGGCAUGGGAAGAGUACUAUAAAAAAAUGGGUCAACAAGGGCAGCCACAAGAUUAUUCAAAGGCUUGGGAGGAAUAUUACAAGAAGCAAGGUCAGGCAGUUCCAGCUCCAGCCGGAGCCCCACCAGCGGGUCAGCCAGAUUAUAGUGCAGCGUGGGCUGAAUACUAUAGACAGCAGGCAGCUUAUUAUGCCCAGACAAGUCCACAAGGAAUGCCACAACAUCCUCCAGCACCACAGUGCCUUCCCAGACCUUCCACCUUAGGUUCUGCUGCAAAAAGCACAGGUAAGCACAACCUAAGGAAGUGUAUAAAUACAUAUUUCAGUUUAUUAAUGUUGUCCCUGUGAGAAUUUUUUGUGCUUGUGUAUUCAAAAGCAAUCUGCCAAUAUCUUCCCCAAAUGUAUUCUGCUAUUCAUGGUUUCAUUCCAAUGGAAAGUCUGAAACAAUUAUUUACAUUUCCGGGUAAAUGUGUAUCUUUAUUUUUAAAAGAUAAGUGGAUUGCUGCAAUAAUUUUUGAGUAAGUCACUUUUACUAUUUUUCCCUCAAUAACAGAGUUGUUACAAAUGAAUAUAAAAUAUUUUUUCAAGAUACAGGAAAUAUUGGUCAGAAUUUCAACAGCCUUCACAAAUGCUUUUAUAAUGUUCAAAGGAUGUUAUACCCAAUACUACUUAUUCAAGCAUACUGUGUGUUUCAUUCCCAAGGCAAUAACGGAUUUUAAGUUAUACACCAUAAAACAUAACCUAGCUUGCUUAUUUGAUAAAGAAGGGAAAUUUAGACUUGAAUUUUGCAGAAUAGUUGUAGAAAGCAUGUAUUACCAGUGAAAUGUUAACAGUUCAGCAAAUCUUUCCUUUUUAUAGGAAACUCCUUCCUACUUUGCUAUUUCAGCUGAAUCGCUGUAUAUUUUUGCCAGUUUAAAUGUUUUGUAUAUGGCUUAUUUAGAUAGCUUAACUGGUGCAUUUUUUUCAGUUUAGAUAGACGAUGCUAAGGCAGUACCAUCAGUUUUUUGUUUGUCACUUAAUAAAAUGCUUUGAUUUUAUCAAAAGUCCUGCUUUUCUCUGCAUCAAAGAAAAAUAUUCAAAAAACCCUGCCUUCAUUUUCACACACAGUGCUGAAGAUGCUGCAAGCACCAAAUCAUAGCUCAUAAAAUCAGGUCCUGAGAUAGUUACUUCCAAUAAAGAGGAUUCCUUUGAGUGUAUGGCCAUGAUGAGCCGAUGAGCAUGGACCAUAGAAGGGCUCCAUGUAGAAGGUAAAAUUGGCAAAACAAUACCGAUUUUAAAUGUAUCCCAUACUUAAUGGUGUAGGGUAUAAUUUGCCUGUUUUAAUCGCUUCUCAUUCUUUAAAGUGCUAUUUGCUUGACCAUAAAUGUUCCAUAAUUUGUUAUGUGGUAAUAAUACAAACCAUCUAUCAAGUUACACUUUGCUGAAUAGUCAAGCAUAGAUAAUGUUUUGCAUUUCACAACUAAAUUAAUAGUUGUACUUGAAUUCCCUCGAGCCACUUCAUAUUUUGUUGUAGUUCAACAUGUCAGAUUUCAUUAUUAUAUGAGAACUAGAUACGUGCUGAAGAGCUUCAUCUCUGUUGGAUUUUGUUUCCCCAUUUUAAAACAGCUUGUUUUCGCUGCUCAGUUUUUAAUAUAAACAUAGCUUGAAAUUUCAAGGGAAGGGAUGUAAUAGAAACUAGAAUGAAAUGGUUGGCAUAGGGGAUUAUGCAUCUGCUUUGAUAAUCUUUAUACUAAGCAUUUUUUUAUUUUCAUUAUCAAUUUGCUGGUGGACCUACAGGCAUCUUCUUGCACCAAGUGUAGUUUUGGUAUUCAGUUUUGUCUGAUUUCUGUCAGAACCCUUGCAUUGAAUCAAAAGGUUCCAUUCCAUUCAUUGAGUUCGAACCUUUAUAUACAUAGUUGCCUCGUUUUCCUUGAGCGGUUCUUGUGCUAUGGCAGGGGGGAAAUAAGUGCAAAUUUCUCGGUCACAGAAUGUUAGGCAGUGAGAGUAAUGAAUGUUUGGAAAGAUGAUCUUAAUUUCAACUAAUAACAAUGUUUACAGAUCACCCUUCAGUAUGUGUGCUGUAUAGGAUAUGAUUUGCUAGUUUUAAAAAGUGAUCUUUAGAUUCGUGUAAAUUGCAGUUAUUUUUAGUAACUAGGUAGGCUAUAUCAUUCACCUUUCUGAAAAUAUUACAUCAGCUGCUGAGAAAUCUUUCUUUUCAUAAUCUAGGCAGUAGAAAGAACUUUUAGAUUUUUGUUGUGUGUACUAGCAGUUCAUAAGGCAAAACAUUCGGCCCUACACAAUGCAAACAGUAGCUACUCCUUUCCUACUGGUAGUACCCUAUGAAAGUCCUGUGUUUAUGCAACCUUUAUCUUAUAUGCAUGCAAGAUGCAUUUUCGUCCUAAGAUAGUGUUCUCUACAGAAACUACCCGUGUAAAAAAAAGAAGAUUGUCUUUUAAAGGCUACUGUGAUGGGAAGUAUCUUAGGGACAUGCAGCUUGGACGUGAGGUAAAUCAAAUGCUUUACAGUAUGUUGUGUUGAGCUUGCAAUAUUGACACUGUAUGUACUCAUGAAUACACAUUAAUUGUAAUGUUUUUGUAUAAGUUCUCAAUAAAUGUAAACUAAUGGGUAA